AUGUCUUUAAAUCGGUCUCUACAAGGGCGUGCUAAGCUGGUUGCUGAGAUUGGCGUGCAAGUAAACGAAGAUAGCGAUCAGGGAUGGCCCCCAAGGCAUUGCUGCGACACAUUUACAGCUCAUAACCGAUGUCCUCAACAUCCGCAAUCAUGUGUUGUCGAGCUUCGCUACAGACACUCGGGCUCGUUGGGAACUCAAGAGGAAGUGUAUAUCGCCCUGCUUGGCCCUGGCGACUAUGAAUAUAUUGCUGCUUUCCUUGUCAUAGUAGCUGCUGGAGCCAUCGUAGUCCCGAUCUAUCAUGCUCUACCCGUAUCAGAAGCACUGUACUACACGAAGAAAGUUGGCGCCGUCGCAGUGCUGUAUUCGGCUUCCUGUUUAAAGAAAGGCGAAGAGCUCGGAGAGAAUUUGAAUGCAACCGGGAACUUGACCUUUCAAGCUAUCAAUAUACGGCCACUAGUCCUUCAAGAACUGGUCCCUAAGGACAAUCUCGUUAUCAGUUCCACUGAAUACCUGGACCCAAAUCUCCUUGGGCUUGUGAUAUUCACCUCGGGAACCACAGGACCACUAAAAGCUGCUGUCAUUCGACGCGCAUACCUGAACGAAAUCCCUUUGGAACUGGAGGACUUGCGUGACUUCAAAAAGGAUGACUGUAUCCUGCACUUGCUGUCAGUCCAUCGCGUCACCGGUAUUGGUGUCAAUAUCUUACCAUUCCUCUUUGUAGGAGCAUCCAUCGAAUUUCAGGGUGGUCAGUUUGAAUCUCGCCAGACCUGGGAAAGGUUGAGGCAGGGUGGAGUCACGGUCUUCUCGGGCGUCCCAACUCUCUACGUGAGAAUGAUGUGA